AUGGCAACUGGAGAACUGAAGGAAGGUGUUAGAAUAGGUUUCCUUACUGAAUAUUUUAGCCAGGUAACACUUGUUGAUACAGUCUUUAAUCAAGUGUACAUCAAGAUCAGUCAUGAAUCAAUGCAUCCAUCCUUAAGCAACAAAAAUAUUUUCCCUUCUUUCCUUCGUACAAUAUCAAACUAUCUUUUUCCUGAUAGUUGCAUAGCUAAAUUGAUACUGCAUUUUGGGUGGAACUGGGUAGGAAUAAUUACUACAGAUAAUGAAGCUGGAGAAGUUGGUGGACAAUAUUUAAAAAAUGAGAUGUUAAGAUUGGGUACCUGUAUUGAUUUUAUGGAAAAAGUCCAUGUUCAACAUCCCAAAGAAAGACUUCUAAAAACCAUUGAAUUAGUAAAGAAAUCAACAGUAAAUGUUAUCAUUCUGAACAGUAAUGAAAUUCAGGCUCAGCCAUUUUUGCAGGCUCUUUAUUCAAAUAAAAUUACUGAAAAAGUGCUGGUCAUUACAGCUGUCUUUAUGAUCUCUCCCGGAGUUUUAUCUUAUGAAGCAAGAAUGAUGACAAACUGUACUUUAGGGCUAACCCCUUUUUCUGGGACCAUUCCUGGAUUUAAAGACUUCCUGCAAGGACUGCACCCUAAAACAUCUCCUGAUGAUAUUUUUGUUAAAGCAUUCUGGGAGAAAGUAUUUGCUUGCAGCUGGCAACAGAAUUCAACUACUUAUUCAAUAACACCAAAUAAGAUGAAUAAUGAAAAUGGGUUCUGCACAGGCAUGGAAGUGAUAGAGCAAUCAAUUUUAAAUUACUUUGAAUUAAAUGAUCUUAGUUUUACAUAUCAUGCUUACACAGCAGUUUAUGCCUACGCUUCUGCAUUAAACAGCAUCAUUUCCUGUCGACCUAGUAAUGAAUCAUUAAUUUCUGGAUACUGUGCCACUCCUGAUGACAUUCAGCCAUGGCAGGUAUUAAGGACUGUGAAAAAGGUCCACUUGUAUGCUAGUACUGGAGAGGAAAUAUCAUUUGAUGAAAAUGGUGAUGCAAUAACUGUCUAUGACAUUUUGAAUGUACAGAUAUUACCUAGUAACACAUUUCAUGUGGUAAAAGUAGGCAGAAUAGAGCCCAGAGCCUCUCCUGGCAAAGAAGUCAGCAUCAAUGUGAGUGCUAUCUUGUGGAAUGAAAGAUACACAGAGGUUCCAAGUUCAGUUUGUAGUGAAAGCUGCCUUGCAGGAUACAUGAAGACCACCAGAAAGGGCCAGCCAAUAUGUUGCUUUGAUUGCACUCCAUGUUCCACUGGAAAAAUAACAAAUGUUACAGAUUCUUUGGACUGUUGGAAAUGCCCAGACGAUCAGUGGCCUAAUGAGAAAUGUGAUGCUUGUCUCCAAAAAGUGAUAGAGUUCUUAACAUAUGAAGAACCCCUGGGUAUAACUCUUGCUGUCAUUGCUCUGUUCAUGACUCUGCUGAAUUCUUUAGUGUUGGGAAUUUUUAUUAAACAAAGAGAAACGCCAAUAGUCAAAGCUAACAACAGGGAACUUAGCUAUCUCCUUCUUUUUGGACUCAUGCUGUGCUUUCUAUGCUCCUUAAUAUUUAUAGGUAAACCAACUGCAAUAACAUGUCUAUUUCGUCAAACCAUAUUUGGUAUCAUUUUUUCCAUCAGUAUUUCCUUAGUUUUAGCAAAAACUAUCAUUGUGGUUAUUGCUUUCAAAGCAGCAAGACCUGACAGUAAACUGCAAUUACUACUGGAGCCAACUGUACCUAAAUUAGUAGUCUGUUUCUGUUCUAUUGGGCAAUUUAUUAUAUGUGUUAUUUGGAUAUUAAGCAACCCUCCUUUUGUGGACUACAAUGCAAAAUAUGCAAAUGGGAAAAUAAUAAUUGAAUGCAAUGCACAAUGUAGCAUUUUUUAUUGCAUGCUGGGAUAUCUGGGGGGUUUAUCUAUUGUGUGCUUUGCCGUUGCUUUCUUGGCAAGAAAUUUGCCUGACACGUUCAAUGAAGCUAAAUUCAUUACGUUUAGCAUGUUAGUAUUUGUCAGUGUCUGGCUGUCCUUUAUACCUGCAUACCUGAGCACACAGGGCAAAUACAUGGUUGCAGUGGAGAUAUUUGCAAUCUUAGCCUCAAGUGCUGGAUUACUCAGCUGUAUAUUUUUACCCAGAUUUUACAUAAUUUUAUUUCAGCCUCAGAAAAAUACAAAGAAGCAUUUAAUGGGGAAUGUUCAGUAA